AUGAGGACUGGGGAAGCCUGGGGAAGCAGAGCAGAGCAGAGGAUCUGUUUGAUGCGAGAUGUUCCUGCUGGUUCUUCUUCACAUCCUGCAGUCGGCUGUGAUGACCCGCUCCUGCCCAGCUCUCUGUGUCUGCAGCAGCGGACUGACCGAGCCCAGGUCGGUCCAGUGCAGCGACUCCGGGAUGUCAGCACUUCCCGUGAACCUUCCAGCCGACUCGGUCAAACUUCGCCUGGAGAAGACCUCGAUCUCCAGGGUUCCCCGAGCAGCUUUCUACAACCUGUCGGAGCUGCGCUUCUUAUGGCUGACCUACAACUCCAUAACAUCGGUCCACCCGAGCAGCUUCGUCAACCUGAAGGCGCUGCGGGAGCUGCGCCUGGACGGGAACCUGCUGACCGCCUUCCCCUGGGAGGGGCUCCGAGACAUGCCCCGCCUGCAGACGCUGGGGCUCCACAACAACCGCCUGUCCAGCCUUCCAGCUCAUGCUGCCCUCUUCCUCCCCAACAUCACCUACCUGGAUCUGUCCAGCAACAGGUUGACUAUAUUGCCUGCUGAGCUCUUGGACCUCUGGUUUCCUCUUCCAGAACUACAGGAAGCACCAGUUCAAAGAAAGAUCUUAGGUCUGCACGACAACCCCUGGCUGUGUGACUGCCAGAUUUCCAUGCUGACAUCAUUGUCCAUGUCCCUGGGAAGCCCGGUGGUUCUGAUGGAUCAGCUGCUGAUGUGCAGCAGGUCUGUGGGUCAGUCCGGGUUGAUGCUGACACAAGCCGAGCUCUCUCGCUGUAUGCGGCCCUCCGUCCAGCCGGCAGCCACCAGGGUCAGCUCUCCACUGGGCAGCAACGUCAUCCUCAGAUGUGAUGCUAGCGGUUACCCGACACCAACGCUGACCUGGAUUAAAACCUCGGCUUACCCUGGUUGUUGUAAACAGGACCUCCUGCAGAACACUGAACAACUUCCCAAGAUUUUAGAGAGCUUUAUGCAGGAAUCUCCUCGUGUCGGUGUGCGCUGGUCCAUAAUCAGCCUCAAUGGCCUGUCAUACAAGGAUGCUGGGGAAUAUCGCUGCCAGGCACGAAACAUGGCUGGAAUAUCUGAAGCUCCAAUCAAACUCAAGGUUAUGGGCAUCACAAGACUGUCUCGUGUCCCAAAGAAAAAAACACAAAAAAUGUUGUCCAAAUCCUCAACAAAAGGAAGAAAGCCGCUUCGAACUCCUUCCACCAGCAGCGUCAAAGGAAAGGAGAGUCAGAAAACUACAAAUGCUCCGUCAUCUCUACAGAACGACAGUUUAAAACCUUAUAAGCAAAGACCCUCUAACAACUCUACAAAUGUCCUCUGAGAAGAAACACCUGAAUGCAAACAUACUAUGAAUUCAAGAAGUUCCAGUCAACAUCGAGAUAAAAUAAAACGUUUUCCUUAAACAAAACAGUAGUUUCAGCUUUCAGAGCUCUUUACAAAGUUCUGCACAGCUGUGGAUGCCACUUAUUUAUAAAAAAUAAAAUCAAAUG